AUGAGCUCCUGGCUCAACAAGUUGCAGGGCCAACCCGACAGCUACGAUAAGAAAUCACAAUAUCGAUUCGGGAGAACCUUGGGUGCUGGCACCUAUGGCAUUGUUCGUGAGGCGGACUGCCCGACUGGAAAAGUCGCUGUGAAGAUCAUUCUGAAGAAGAAUGUAAAGGGCAACGAGCAGAUGGUAUACGAUGAGCUGGAUAUGUUGCAGCGCUUGCACCACCCACAUAUCGUUAGAUUCCACGAUUGGUUCGAGUCUAGGGACAAAUACUAUAUCGUAACACAACUGGCAACUGGAGGUGAAUUAUUCGACAGAAUCUGUGAAUAUGGAAAGUUCACGGAGAAGGAUGCGUCCCAAACCAUCAAACAAGUUCUUGAGGCGGUGAACUAUUUGCAUGAACGCCAUGUUGUGCAUCGAGAUCUCAAACCCGAAAACCUCCUUUACCUUACCCCUGCAGCUGAUUCACCCCUAGUCCUCGCUGACUUCGGCAUUGCGAAAAUGCUCGACAACCCUAAAGAGGUUCUUACAACCAUGGCAGGCUCCUUCGGCUACGCAGCCCCAGAAGUUAUGCUCAAGAAGGGCCACGGGAAGGCCGUCGACAUGUGGUCCAUGGGAGUCAUCACCUACACCCUUCUGUGCGGUUACUCCCCGUUCCGAUCCGAAAGCCUGCAAGACUUGAUAGACGAGUGCCAGAACGGCCGCAUAGUGUUCCACGAACGAUAUUGGCGCGACGUUUCUAAGGACGCUAAGGACUUUAUCAUGGGCCUCCUCGAGCCCGAGCCGAGCAAGCGAGCCACCAGCGAACAAUCUCUGUCCCACCCCUGGCUCAAGGGCGAAUCCGCCAGCGACCAUAACUUGCUACCUGAGCUUAAGGCGUACAUGGCCAAGGCGCGUCUGAAGCGCGGUAUCGAGAUCAUCAAGCUUGCGAACCGCAUCGAGGCGCUGAGGAUGCAGGAGGAAGACGAGGAGGAUAUUCCGAGCAGUGUGGAUGCGCCUGCCGAUUCCUCUGCGGCGGCCGCGGAUAAGGAGGGUGUAGGACAGGCCAACAAGCCAUCUGAGGCUGGUGCUGCUAGUGGUGUUGGUGGCGAUGGUGCAGGAGCAGCAACACUCGCCAAUGCAGCCCCCGCAGGUACACAAGGUGCCCCAACUGACAGGACGAAGAAGAGGAGUCUAAGUAGGAUAGCGCGCGGGCAGAUAUUCCGGGAAGUGGUGCUUGCUAAGGUGCGGGAAAUGAAGGAGGCGGAGCAAAAGGAGCAGGUUGAGCGGGAGGCCAAGGUGAAGGCUGGGUUUAUUUGA